AUCUCAGGUCUGUCUCUCUGCGGGCAAUACGGACAACUGAUGACGUCCACGACAACACAGUUCGUAGUCUCGUGUGGCCACUCAACUCAUUAUUGGAAAUCGUCUGCAGGGUGCAUAUGGGACAAGCUGAUUAGACCACAGUAUGCCUCGCAAUUCAACAAGUAUCUGUGAACGAAGAACUGGACUUCAAGAAAGCCUACAUUUAUGUUUAACAAGUAGAAUGUAAUACUUAACCCGUGUCAACAGUUGCCUAUGGCCAGAUGGAAUGGUCUCCCACCAAUCAUUUCCUUACCAAUUAAACAUUAGUUUUGUGGCACAGUCUUGGCUACUCAAGAUUCAUAAGUUUAUCAUGUCAAGUACUUCAGUACAUUUCAGGACAGCUGUUUCCAUUUCUUACCAGUUUAAGAUGACUAUAGGCUCGAUCAGUUUUAGGAUACGUGCAUAGCUUUUUAAAAAUAGAUUCUCUAUAUGUUUGAUAUUAGCCUUCAAGUACGGUAGUUCUGUUUGUUUCAGGACACAGUUUUGCUUGAUCAGGGGUCUAGUGUCGGUGUGAUAUCAGUCAAAAGUAGUUCAGUGUGUCUGGAUAUGUAGGCCAUUCAAUUUUCUUGUGAAGUAUUAGCAAUCUGGCAACUUUCAGGAUAAAUUCUUUUUUUACAUAAGAUUAAUAAUAGUUUCAAAUUAACCAUAAAAAAAUCUCAGUUGGUUUUAGGAUAAUUAGCCUUUAUUCUGUUUAUCUGAAUAUAUAAUUGAAAUAUUAGAUGAAUAGUUGUGUCUUAAAAUACCAAGUUUUCACUUUAAUUUCUCAGCAGUGUUAACAUCAGCUGCCAAGGAGCGUAGUCAUUCAUUUCAGGUUGCAUAGUUUUUACCUGUGUUCCCAUUAGUUUACCAUCGUCUAUCAGGUAGUUACGGAUGUUUCAGGCUCCAUAAUUUUAAACAUAAUUUUCUUGUUAGUGAAAUAGCAACUAUUAAGCAGCCAUGGCUACUUUGUGACUAUUCUAUAUCGAGAAGUCACAUAUGUUAAAAAAUACUUUUCCAUCAACUUGGUUUAAUAUUACAGUUAUAAGUAAUUGAUUGUUUCAAAGAAUACAUACACGUUCGUCUAGUUGUGAUUUGCAGUAUCCAGAGGAACGUUGAUGGUAGGAUAUGAUGAUGAUGAUUUCCUGUCAUUUCCUAAAGUUAAACAAAAACUAUCAAUAGCAAAAAAGGCUCAUUAGUUGCAAACAGCUGGUUUUAGGUGCUGAUUUUAUGGAAUAUCUUCGUAGUGGUCAAUAUAGUUAGGAAUAGCUGUGAGGAGUCAGACUUUUGAGGUAUUAACCUUUAUAGAACAGAUAAUAUUUAAGACUAAUUAUUUCUGACAUUUUUUCUCUGUAAAGCUUACAUAGAUAUUGCUAAAUUAACUUCCAUAGCAGUAGGGACUUAGUAGAAUUUCAAGACACUGAGACUGGUAUGGGGAUGUUCCAAAAUUAGUCGUAGUCAAAAUGUAUCAUAGAUAAAAUUAUGGAAUAAGUGAACUCUGAAUUUCACUGUUACUUUAAGGGCCACUUACAAUACUACUGUUAAUGGUAUUUUAGGUAAAGGAUUCAGUCAUAUUGAAUGCAUUACUUGUGAAUAGUUUGUUUUUUCUGGAAAUAUCAUAAGUAGAUGAACAUGUAAGUAGACUCAAAUUCAAAGCGUUACCUUAAAUGAGAUUAGGUAUUGUUAACAAAGGUGCCUUAGGUAUAUGAAGGUCAUUCGAAAGUAGUCUCUGAAAGGGAGUAAUUUGACAAGGCUAUAUUAGACAUAUGAAUGAACAAGCAUUCUCAGUUAUGUGAACAGUUUAUUCGACUUCAUGUUAGAUUGAUAGAUAAACUUUCUUGGAAGAUUAAAAUCACCUUCCUUGAGAACUAGUCAUUUAUUUUUCUCUAGGACAUACUCAAGUAUGUUCGAGGCAUUUGACACACACGGUUAAUUCCUUCCUUAGUAGACUCAUAGCUAUUGGGAUAUUUGCUAUUUAAUCGAAUACGAUUUUUAACUGUUUUGCAUUGCAAGCAAGUCACACCAUCUCUUUCCUUGCAAGGUUCCACAGAUGGACUGAUUUUCCAUGAACGAUGUAAAUUGGAGCAGUUAGGUUAAAGAGGUUUAACAGCAAAGCGGAAGGAACUAAAGGGGAAGCUAUCUAAUAACCAUUGAGUUUCGUUAUACGUAGACUUGGCCUCAAGAAUGUUUAUCAGAAAUUAAAUCUCAACAGAAGAGUUCUGUCUAAGCUUAGGAACCAAAUCAAUUAUGAAAUUGCCUGUAGUUACAUUGCAAGAGGGUACAUCUUAAGUUGCUUGUGACUCUAACGUCAAUUAUUUUAGAAAAACAAUUAUUUCUAAUUUAUAGGUCUAGUCUGUUUUAGAAAAAUGCAACAGUGUCUUGACAUAUGGAGAAGUUCUGGUUAAGCUAUAAUGAUUUUUUUAGUGCUAAAUUAUUGCAUAGAGUUCCCAGUGAGUUUAAGUUGAAGAUUUAACUGUUAUAGUGCAGCGGCAUAGCAAACCAAUUGUGCAUUUUGUGAUGGAAGCACCAAAUAUGGAGGAAUGAUCAAAUAUUAUAUGGGGAACAUUUUCAGGUAUGGAACCACUUUUGUAGUAAUCCCAAAGUGGCCGCCAUAUUGGAUUUCAAAAUGGCGGCUUAAAAAUCUUUAAUUACAGAUAAUUCUGGUUAUAUACCAGCUAGAGACUUGGUUUUAGUGUCUAGAUAUACAUAUUUGAGGUCAAGGAAUUGAAUGGUUCUAGUAAGAAGUUGAUUUGGUGACGCCAAUUGGAUUUCAAGAUGGUAGGCUAAAAAAAAGAGAAAUUUAUGACUGAUAUAGAUGGCAGCUUGGAAGACAGCAGGAAACUGGCUGUAAGACAGUGGUUGGACAGAGGCAUUGGUUCAGGCAGAGAUAGCAACAACAGGCACAGCAGACUCCUUCCUGCAUGCAGCUCAUGUCAGCCGUACAAGACGCGCCCACCAGGUAACUGCUUCUGCCCUGCACAUACUUCAGCACCAUGCAUAUACUAGAUACAAAGAAAGAGCGACAGCAAGAGAUGAGGAACUAUUGCAGUUUGAGGCAUGGUGUGACAUGAGAGCAGUAGCAUGUCCCCAGUUUCAGUACUGGGCCACUGUACUUCACCUGGAGCUCUCUAUACUCCUCUUCAUACGUUCACUUAGAGAGUCGAACUUCACACUGUACAUGGACACCCUACCAGAGCUAGCUGCAUGGUUUGCUGCAUUGGAUCAUGUCCACUAUGCUCGCUGGUUUCCAGUGCACAUCAGGGACAUGGUUUGCCUUGCAGAGAAACAUCCAGAUGUUGCUGCCAAGUUCCAUAUGGGCCACUUCACAUCCAAGAAGACCAGGCAUGCUUUUUCCGCCAUUGCCUUAGACCAGGCACAUGAGCAAAACAAUGCCAUGGUCAAAGGUGAUGGCGGGGCAGUGGGUCUCACUGAAAAUCCAAGUGCCCUUCGACGGUGGAUGGUGACUGGCCCUGAAGUUGCUCGGGUCAUCACAGAAUUUGAGACCUCACAACAACUGCACCAAAGAGGAGAGCACACCCACCACCAUGAGCAAACCAACAGUGUACAGAAGAAAAUUUGUCCAAGAUGUUCGUGCACUGACAGCAGUCAUUGAGGAGAUGGGCAACCCCUUUGAAGAAGAAAGCACAGAUUUGCUGGUACUAGACACACAGGAGAUCCUGGGCCCAGCUGCAGUAGAGAGUGUGCGUACAGCUGUGCAGAUGGGGCGAGAUCAGUUCCAUUUAUUUGUGAAGGAACGUCUGGCAGACAGAUCCAAACCACUCAAUGAUGUCAUCAAACGCAACAAACUUCCAUUAUUUGCAUCCAUCAAGGUGAAAAGGGUCAAUAAGAGCAAGCAACAACUCGCCUCUGCAAGGAGUGAUUCAGAGCUUUUCUCCAGACUAUACAUCGCAUGCCAAACCAGAGAUGGCGAUCUCGAGCAGUUCUUCAAACAUGAGAACAGUGCACACCCGCCUGCACUAUCACAAAAUGGACGGAUCCGCUUUGGUUCCAAAUCUGACUUUCUGAGGCCUUUGGAACAGCUUGUUGAACCAACGUCUCACCCACCACAAGUCUCUUCUGUGAUCCGUGAUGGGGCUGCAGUGGUUCAAAUGCUGAACCCUGGCCACAGCAAAACAUUUCUUGACUAUGCCACAGACGUAUUCGUUCCAUACAUUCUGUCACAGCUUCAAAAUCAUUCUCGUCUGGAUCUAGUGUGGGACUGCUAUGCAAACUCAGGCAGCUUGAAGGCAACUGCAAGGGCUAA